AUGGAGACCGAAUCGAACGAGGAAGGACCGUCGCCGUUCGUCAGACGGACUUCGCGUAUGGGCAGUAUGCGCCGGUUUAUGAAUGUGAUUAUUGUGACUUUUCCUGUCAAAACGCAUUAAUUCGAUGUAUUUCAGACUAGUAUCAGAAGAACACGCAAAGUAUUGGGAAUCGAGACAAUCCCUGAAGCCGAUUCAUUUCCCAGAAGCGUUCGGGACUUGCAAAUACAAGAAUUUAAUCGAAAUGAUUCUUUUCGACUGGUAAGUUUUGGUUUGAGAAAAUAAGAAAAGAUCAAAAUAAUCUUUUAGAGUAGGAUAUCAACCAGAAACUAUCAAGUCAUGAAAACACCUUCGGAAGAUAAGAUCUUCACAUCGAUCAGACCGAUUGUACCCCCAACCACAUGUCCUUUAUUAAAGUAAGUCAGUUUUCACAGAACGCACACACUUCUUACUCUAAAUAUCUAAUAUUCAGAUAUUUUCCGCGAGAAGGAAAAGCUCACGACCACAAAUCUAUGCUCAACAGUUUCGAGAGAAAAAGAAGGUGUGCCCGGAGGUUCGAUCACUUUUUCCAGACCUUUUUCCUAGAUCACACCAAGUUUUCGGAGUGGAUCAUCAUGCGAAAGAACAACUUUUCUGUCCUUUGCAAGCGUCACAGAUAGAAUUCGCAUUCCGAACGCAGAUAAAAACCGAUAUCGUGAUAAAAGUUCAAGCGCCGAAUGGAGAAGUCAGCAGUUACAUCAAUCCUGACACCACCGAAUUCACGACAUUUUCACCGUCCAAUGUAAGUGAAUUUACUUUAAGAAGAAUAUUUGUUUACACAACUAAAUCUUAGAUCGGUUGUGGUCAUGGUCAGUGGCUCGUUCACGUGGCUCGGCGGAGAGGCUGCAAAUUCCACCAUGGCUCUACGAAAAUACUAAAUUUGGUCGGUCAAGGUAAGAAAAGAACACAUCGAUUUCAUGAUUAUUUCAAAACAAUUCCAACUUUAGGAAUUUUGUACUUUGAAGUGGAUAGUGCUGGUACUUUGAGGGAAGUCGAACGGCUAUGGCUCGAUUGUUUAAACUAA